AUGUGUCGAGUCAGUGUCAUGGAUCUUGGUGAGGGCCAUUUUCGAUACCUUUACGAACGAUAGAAAAUAAUAUCCGUCCGAUAUGGAUAACCUAAUACAGUUUGAAAGAGAAACUGAAAAUUGUGCAGAGGAAUUGUUGAAUUUGAUAAUGCCAACACGAGUUAUAAUAAUAAGAGACGCCAGGAGACACCUGACAGGAAACGAUGAAAUAAUAGUAAUGAUACGUGACAAAGGAUAUAUACAUGAAAAUUGGUGCAGACGUGAACAUUGUUAAAUGUGGCACGAGACAUGAAAAAAGAAAAUGGAAGGGAUGUCAGUGACGCCGUUUCAAAUAGUUGUAAAGGCUGGAAGACGGCGCCGGCGCCAGGGCGAUGACCCUGAGAGUGGGAAGGCCAGGUAAACACUCCCCGCUGCCUGCCUUAUACCGCGGGUCAAAGGUAUUUCCUGAGGAUGCUUCUCUCCCCUACCUUGCCAACGUACGCCAGAUAGUGUCUGCGUAUGCGUCAAAGCAUAACACGUGCGCACCACGAGUUACCUCACCCGCUCGCGAGAGAGUGAGUGAGUCACACGACAUGGCAGCAACAGCGUCGAGGGUCUAUAAGCACGGACUCACUGCCUUGUAGGUCACAUUACGGUCCGCCGCUGCCCCGAGUUGACCGGCCAUCUUCUGCUCCGUCUGCUUCGUCUGCCUCGUAUACGCCAUCUUCCUCUUCUGCCGUCAGUUUAGCGCCUGGAGGGACUCGCUCUUCAGGAGGGGCAGGAUGGCGCGUUUCCACGAGGCAGCGCUGGCUCUCCUCCUCGCCUCGACUCUGGCUGCGUCGCCUCCGCACACCGAAUCCCCGCCCAGUGACAACCGAGGGCACAGAGGGCCGGGCAGUGCCAUCGGUGACCAGUGCCAACUCAAGGGCGGAGGGCAAGGGGAGUGCCGGGAGCUCUUCUCUUGCCCUUCGGUCGUCAGGAACAUCAGGAGGGCCACGCCGAACAUAUGCGCCUUCAGGGGCCACGCGCCUAUCGUCUGCUGUCCGGAGGAAACCGCUACAGGCGAUGAGCCCGGACGAAACUCCUCUUCCAUUGCACCUGAAAUUUCUGCGCCUAAACUGGACUUUGGCUGCGGGCGCCGAACCAAGCAGAAGCACCCUCUCGCAGGCGAUGUCGUGGGCGGCGUAGAAUCCAUGCCUAACUCGUGGCCCUGGAUGGCAAUAUUAGGGAGGCUGGAAGCGCGGGGUCGCGUCACGUGGUUUUGUGACGGCGUCCUCAUCUCGCCCUCCUUCGUCCUCUCCGCCGCCCACUGCGCUGCGAACAGCCCCGUGGACGUGGUUCGAGUCGGCGCCCAUGAUCUCAGGCAACGCGGGGCAGCCCAGGAGGACCUGCCUGUCGAGAAAGUGAUCCUCCACCCGGAUUACGCCUUUCCCAGCUCCUCCCACGACCUGGUUCUCCUGAGACUUUUCAGGCCCGUCACCCUCGGUCCCCACGUCACUCCCGCCUGCCUUCCCUGGACUGCCGAGGGCGCGCCAGACCUCAGCGGGAGGAGGCUCAUUCUGGCCGGGUGGGGAGCGACGGAAUUCGACGGAGAGAUGAGCAACGUCCUGAGGGAAGUGACAGUGGAAGUGUUCCCGGCGAGCAAGUGUGCCUCUGCCUACGAGUCCGUCGCCCACUACGCCAGGCGAUUUCCUGAGGGCAUUAAUGAAGACUUUCUCUGCGCGGGUGACGUCCGCGGAGGCAAAGAUGCUUGUCAUGGAGACUCCGGCGCCCCUGUCGUGUACAACCACUUCGGCGUGUACAUGGCGGCCGGGGUGGUGAGCGCGGGCUACGGCUGCGGACUGGCGGACUUCCCCGGCCUCUACACCGCCAUCCGUCCGCGCUUGAAGUGGAUCCGGGAAACGGCCUUCUCCGAUUAUCCGUGAUUUAUUUUCCAAGUUCGGUUCAUCAACUCUUCUUUUGCCUGAACGUUCCCCCUUUUUUGUUGAUCUGUUUAACUUUUAUUUUAUAUGUUUAUAUGUUCCAGGUGGUUUAUUUGAGUGACGAACAAUGUGUUGUUAUUAUUUCUAUAAGUUUUCAUUUGUUUUGCUUUUUACGCGUAUUUGGGAUUUUUAAAAUAUUUUAUGAAUACAUUGUACAAAUAUGUUUUAAACACCUUGUACAAAUAAGUUUCGUUUUUUGUAAGAAUUAAGUCUUUGGCUAUACCAUUGCUGAUAGAUUUUUUGUUAAUGUGAAUCAUUAGGCCUUGACGUUUAGAUAUGAAUCUACGAACCAUGUUUUGAAAACUGAUUUGAACAUUCGUGUACUUUUGUCUUGUGAAUGAAGAGCAUGAGAGAUUCAGCAAGAGACGUAAAGAGUAGAGAAAGAGCAAAUAAAGCGUUUAUAUUGUAAAUUGUAUAAAAUAAUAUUAAAUUAAUUUCCUUCAGGUUAACAUCUACAUCUUUUAUAUCUUAAAGUGUCUCAUAAACCAUUUACUUUGGAAGUUAUUUUGUCAUGAUUGAAAUACGGAUCAAAGUUAAAUAAUAGAAGUAAUGACCAAUAAGUUAUAUAUCAUUCAAAGAAUCAUUGUCAUUAAACGAGUACCAUCACUGAUAACAUUAUCAUAACCCUCUUCAUUAUUUUUGCUACUGCUACUACGGCUGUUAUUAUUUUCAUUAUUAUUGAUCGCUAUCAUCGUGACUUUCAUCACUGCUUGUAUUGUUAUCAUCCAAUACCAUUAUUACUAUCAUCGUUCAUUCCACCCAUUAUAGCUUCCAUAAUUUUUUCAUCAGAUAGGCAAACUUGGUAGUUACACAUUAUUUUUUGUGUUGUAAGUCUUAUUCUUUUUUUUUGUAUUAUCUGAUAUAACUAAGUGUCAGUGCUAUGAAUAAUGACAAAAAGACGUGUUUUAGGCGCAUAAGGUAAGCGUGAUUUAAAACUCCAGUGGUGUUAGAUCCAUAUUAGAUAAAGACAUUGUCAACGAUUUUCAGCUUUGACAUAAAGGAGAUUAAUAAGUUUCAGGCAAAAGAAAUGGUUUGGAAUAAUUUGUGAAUGAUUAUGUAACUGUCCAUUACUGGGAUGCUAAUACGGUUGCUGGAAAAGUGAGAAAGCCAAGUGAAGUGAAUAUAUUCCUGCUUUUCCGUGCAUGUCAACACAUCCACGAUAUAACAUAGGACUACUGAGACUCGUUGCAGAUCUACUUACCCUAUGACUUCCCAAACGUAAGUAUAUUUCUGUAUAAAUCUAAGGUAUAUUUCGCCACGUUUGAUUUACUUUGGCAGAAUUUAAAACUAGAAUAGACGAUAACUAUAUAGGACCUGACCAAUAUAGUUUCUUUCUCCAGAAUUAUAUCAUCGGUAUCAUGAACUGCUAUAUCCUAACUAGUUUAUUAAUCUUUCCCAUGACAAUAAUGGUGUGAUUCCUGAAUAAAAUUCAUUAGACAACUUCCAUAUCAUAUUUCUCCUCUUUUCUUACUUUUAUUGCAUUUAUUUUGUCUGUUAAUGAUGUCUCCUUUCCGAGUAGCAUACAUAAUCGCGCCAAAUGGGUUACAGAUAUUCGUGUUGUUUUAGGAGCUUAUUCUUCUGUAACCUCAUGUUGCGUAUUUUAUUCUCUAGGUAGAUUAUGUUCCCGAUAUGCAGGGAAGGGCCUGUGGUAGUCACUAGUUUGCAUAUGUGCUAUUGGGUUCGAUUAGACAUAAGUUUGUAUUAAUUCAUCUCUUGACAUAGUUUUCUUUUUUGUUUUGUUUUGUUUUUAAAAUGUCCCAGUAGAGGGCUAGUGAGUAAUAGCAGAUAAAUCGGCCAUGAUCAGUUCUUCAUUACCACGGCCGAAUGUGUUUACUGUAGAUAUUGCUACAUUUAUAGCUCUUGUGACCAUGUUCAUAGAAACCCUUUAGCUAUUCCCGAUUAAUAUCCUCAUAUCCCUAGGCGGGUUCUUGUUAUAAAAACGUAUUUUUAUGAGCUGGUUAGUGUUCAGUUUCAUAUUAAUUUCUCAUACGUUCUAGAUUAGCGGUUCCCAACCUUUUUCAUUCUGUGGGCCCCGGCUAAUAUAUAAUAAUUCCCGUGGCCCCAUGCCUGUCCUUUCUUUUAGGUUUGGUAUUACUGGAUUGUGCAAUGCUAGAGAUAUUCCAAUUUAUUGAUAUGUGAGAGAUAUAGGUGGGUACUGCAGGCGAUUUAAAAUCUAGUUUAAUUCGACGUCAAACUAUUGGUCCGUGGCUCCCAGGUCGUAUUUUCUAAUAUUUCAGUUUGUUUAGAUGUCACGGUUAUAUACAGUCCCGGAGUCACGGCUUUCUCAUAUUAAUAUUUUUGGUUAGUUUGAUGCAUUAUUAAUGGUUAAUGGUUAAAAGCAAAAUAAUUGUGCUAGACAUCUAAGGUCAUGUAGCACUAUAGUAAAUGUUAGUAAAGGGUGGUUAAGUUAGUGAUUAGUUGUCAAAGCUGGGUGAAUGGGUUAAGGUCGGGUGAGGUAAGUGAGGGAUAUUUAUGCGUUUGAGAGGAAAACAGGUUGUCGAAGCAGGAUAGGUUGG